GGGGGUAACAUGUGGGUUACAGUCUGAUCAAUACGCAUCGACUUUCAGGGUCUGCAGACAGAACCCCUUUCGAUUUCAGACCUAGAGCUGCAACAAUUCACAGAAAACAGGUAUGAGCAGUAAUUGGGUUUUGAGCCCAACAAAAUAAAAGGGGAGGAGCACUGUGAGAACUUCAACUCGUUAAGAUUCAAGGGACAGAGCAGAACAACAUGCUUCUACUCAGAAAUGUGUUGUGAACUUAAUCUAGAGAGUACUGUUCCCUCCAGGUCUCUGCUUGAUUCCUCAGCUUCUUUUACCCACGUCCUGUACUUCUUAUUGAUGACAAACUUUGCCUCAAGGGGAGCGGUCGAUCAGUUGGUGACCGAGGUCUGCUGCUGUCAAACUUCAGCUGACAUGGAUCUGUUGCACCGACGGACGCACUGAACAGUUUGGGGAAUUUUCUUCACUCGCCGACUAGUUGCGACAGGACUUCAAUUAUUUUGUCUUCAACUUUUAAAAAAAAAGUUAUACCUACGCAUAUACAUAAAAAAAAACUUUACCAGACAUGCAGAAGUUAAACUCAAGCGGGACUCACUGCAGCACGCUGCCCCGGGACGCGGAGCUGCAGCUGCGGUUGGCUGACAGCGGAGGCUCCGGGGAAGGGAGGGAGAACGGCGCAGGGAUACAUUUCCUCACCCAGCCCGAAGACCAGGGCUCGUUCUGUACCAAACGGAAGAUGCUUGUCGGCUUGGAUGUUAUAUGUCUCUGUGUUGCUUCCAUCCCAUUUUUUGCAUGUGAAUUGAAGGCAGUGACUCCGUAUGAACGAGGCUUUUUCUGCGGAGACGACAGCAUCACCUAUCCAUACUUGGAGAGGGAGGCCAUCCCUGACACCCUGCUCAUCGCAGGUGGCAUCGCCAUCACUGGCUUAACAAUUGCUCUGGGCGAGUGCUACCGUGUGCGUUUUCGAGGCGUGCUCUCACGAGCUUUUGUUAGAAACCGCUACGUGUCGUGCCUGUACAAGGAACUGGGAAGCUUCCUGUUUGGUUGUUGUGUGGGCCAGUCUCUCACAAACAUGGCCAAGCUCAGUGUGGGGCGCCUGCGGCCAUACUUCCUCUCUGUGUGUAACAUCACAUAUGAAUCCAUUAACUGCACUCCUGGCAGCUACGUCAAUCAGGUCAAAUGCAAUCCACGCGAUAACAAGUUGGUGAUAGAGGCAAGGAAAUCCUUUUUUUCCGGGCAUGCUUCCUUUGCCAUGUACACCAUGCUCUAUCUGGCAUUCUACCUGCAGGCUAGGCUGUCAUGGCGAGGAGCUCGAUUAUUGCGUCCACUGGUGCAGUUCCUCUUAGUGAUGCUGGCCAUCUACACAGGCCUGAGCCGAAUCUCUGACUACCGCCACCACCCCACUGAUGUCCUCACUGGCUUCAUACAAGGGGGGCUCACUGCAUACUGGGUGGCUUUUCACAUCUCGUCCAUGUUCAAGCCCUGCACCCGUUCAGACAUGUCUCCAACAAGCGUGUGCCUAGAGAGUCCACUGUCCAGCCAGCAAACGGUUUGCUAGCAGGUGGUGUCAGGAGACAAACAAGACGGGAUGGACUGCAAUAAAGCAAGAACAGAUGUUGAAAAGAUAAACAUUAGUAUAUAAAGUAAGGGAAUCAUUUCAAGACAAGGAUGUGAUAGAGUACAAUCUAACGCAAGCUUAUACAUCUUGACAUACUCAUUCACAUGCUGAUGUGCUUUCAUGUAACAUGUUCACACACUCGUGAAAUACAACAGGCUCAUACGGCGGUACGUAAAACCUGCCCAGUGAAAAGAAUGAAUAUUUCAGAUAUUUUUUUAUAUAAAUAUAAGAUAUAUACAUAUUUUACAAGAUGAUUUUAUAAGCUGCUAAUGUUAGACUUUUUUGGUCUUUUUUUUUAUCCCCAAUGAGGAGGGUUUUAGAGUUUGUCUUGGCUUUCAGAGCACAUCUAAUCACUCUUUGAUCACGAGUGAUCCAUGGGAAAAUACCAACCUCCUCUUUAUUUUUGCUUCUCUGUUCAACUGGGAAAAGAUCGACCAGCAGCUUUGAACCAGCAGGUUCAAAGCCACUUCAGAUGUGAAGAGCGCUUUGCACAAGUCAGCAGAACUAGCAGAGAUGACCAACGAGCACUUGCAUAAGUGUGGGACAAUCUUUACCUCUGGUGCUACGAUGGGCCACCUUCCACAUCAGGCUGCCUGGCAUCACCUUGACUAAACAAUCCCCAGUGUGUUUGCAAUACAGUACAAUACAAUACAAUGUUACCGUUCUCUUAGGAGUAGCCGAGUUGGUUUCGGCUUUUCUUCUACAACACCACUUUUUGUACUAACCACUUUUCUCAGAAGGUGGAGGCUUGACUGAAGUUUUUGUAACCUCUGACUUUUGCCCCGGACUCCAAUCUCUAAGCUGCACCUUGAUUUAUGCCACUGAGACAGGAGACAUUGCUCUUCUGUAUAUCAAAAUUAAUAGCACUUGACCGUAGAUAACCUUCUAAUUAUAAUCUAUGUUAAAUGUUUUAUUACAACUGAAUAAUCAGUGUUUAUUAUUCUUAACUUCAAACUCAUACACUAUGAUUUUGUCUUAAGAUUCUAAUUGUGCAAACUGUAUGUAAAUAACUGUCAUUUUAUGAACCACAGAAUUUUAAAAGUAUUAGUUCCAAGACUUGGACAAAUUUUACUUGUUUGUGUAAGUGUAUGUACAGGUGCAGAGUGUCACUCUUGUGCCUUUUGUAACAACUAGACUGAGCCACAGAUAUUAUCACAAAGCUAUAUGUGUUGCGUUCCCAGUUAUUGUUAUUUGUUUAUGUCUAUAUCUGUGAAUGCCGCAGAGGCAGAAAUAACCACUGUACUCAAAAAAAAAAAAAAAAGGAAAAAAAAAUCCCAACCAAACCAUUAAAGUGAAUGUCAACUGUU